UUGUGUAUAGCAAUUAUAUAAAAUGGAACCAAAUAAAAAUUCCAAACAACAAGCAAAAAAAGAGCUAUUAGAUGCAAUAUCACAUGUAUGGAACCGUGGUUUAUCUUUCCUAAAUUCCAUGGCUUUAAAGUGUGCCGUUGAACUAGGCAUCUCAGAUGCCAUUAAAAAGCAUGGUAAACCCAUGACUCUUAUUGAGCUAGCUAAUUCUCUUUCGAUCCAUCCAAACAAGGCUUCAUCCUUACACCAAUUGAUGCGCCUUCUUGUUCACUCCAAUGUCUACACUAUCCAAAUUUUAGGGACUAGAGAAGAAGCAUAUGAUCUUACCUUAAACUCCGAACUACUUUUAGAAGAUCACCCUCUAACCCUAGCACCCUUAACUCGUAUAGGGGUAACUCCACUUUCAACUGAGCCAUCACAUCAUUUAGCUUUGUGGUUUCGAAACCAAGACCAAUCUUGUGAGUCUCCUUUCCAAAUUUCUCAAGGAAUGCACUUAUACAAAGGCAUGCCUUAUGAUACCGAACUCAAUGGCAUAUUCAACCAAGCCAUGGCAAGUGAUUCUCAAUUGAUCGCGAACUUGUUGCUGGCUAGUGAUGAAUUUGAAGGCUUAAUCCACGGUGUUGAGUCACUCCUCGAUGUUGGUGGAGGUAAUGGUACUAUGGCUAAGGCCAUUGCUAAGGCUUAUCCUAAGAUGAAUUGUAUCGUGUUUGAUCAACCACAUGUAGUGAACGAGUUACAAGUACAUGAAACAGCAAACUUGACAUACGUCGCAGGUGACAUGUUUCAAGCUAUUCCUAAUGCUCAAGUCAUCCUACUCAAGUGGAUAUUGCACAACUGGAGUGAUGAAAAUUGCAUAAAGAUACUUAAAAAGUGUAAAGAAGCAAUUCCUAGUAGAGAGAAAGGGGGAAAGUUGCUGAUUAUAGAUAUGGUGGUUGGGAUCCCAACUGACAAUAUAAUUCACUUUGAAUCCCAAUUACUAGCGGAUGUUCAUAUGUUGUACCUUUUUGGAGAAAAAGAAAGGACUGAACAACAAUGGAAAUCACUGUUCGAUAAGGCUGGUUUUUGUGACUACAACAUAUUACCAAUUUUAGGGUCGAGGUCUAUUAUUGAGGUUUAUCCUGCAUAAUUAUAACCUUUACGGAGUUAUGUAUGUUUGUGUUGGUAUUUCAUUUCACAUAUUGUAAUAAGUUUCAUCGGCGUGCAUUAAGGUGUAGGCGACGUAUGUAAAGUCGUCACUCCUGUAUGUUCUUUUUAUCAUGCUUUUGUAUAUUUGUUUAUCAAAACUUAUUUCUAUGUGUUUGUUCGUGUUUACAUUUGUACGUUCUUUUUACUUAUUAAUGCUUAAUUGAAUAAAGAUGAGAUAAGUUUAUGUUUUAAA